AUACAUCUGUCAAAAACCGAUGGUUACGGCGGAGAAAUCGUAUAUUUGAAAACGAAAUACAUGAUAAAACAUGCGUAAACUGUUUAAACCCAUACGUGUGACAUGAAAAUUUUCGUUAAACGUUAAGUAAGGCAGAGCCCGGGCCACGAAUCAUCGAAAAUGGCUCACAAUCAAUACGUCGAGGAGUUGAUCAGAGAGUACUUCGUGUUUAGGGGUUUCGCGGGCACUUUAAAGGCCUUCGAAAACGAUUUAAAGUCUGAUAAAGAAAAGAGUUUCCGCGUCGACAAAAUAAUCGAGCAGUUGAUGCAGUCGGUGUCGAGUUACGAUCUAGUGUCGCUCAGAGAAUUGUGGUCGCACCUGGACAACCACAUAUUCAAGAAGCUCGAAAGUCACUUCGCGCCGGGCAUCAAAAAACUCGAAAAUGCCGUGCUGAAAAUGUACCUCGUCAACGCGGUGGCCAAUAACAAGCCCGACAAGGUGGUCGAUUUUUUUCUGAAGCUUACGCCCGAGUUACAGAAUCAAAACGAGUGGAAAGACUGGUUCGUACUGCCGUACGUUAAAAACCCGGAGGAGAAUCAGACGUUUGCUUUGCAUUUUACGAAACAGUGGCAAGACACUCUGCUGGUGUCGCUGCACAAUUUUCUCGCUUCCGUGUUUCAGCAUAUGCCAGUUCCGACUUUGCUUCAGUUCGAAGAAGAAGCGAAUCGCGUCACGAAGCUCGAGCAGCGCAUUGACUCUCUUAAAAAUCGUCUGGCCUUGCUCUUAGAUCGGGGUCCCGAGGCUACCACCGUGGUACCCGUCAAGGUGGAACCACCCCCACAUUUGUUAGAUGAUUUUUAUAUAAUCGCCCAGGAAAGUAGCUCGAUCGAUAAUCAGGCGAAGAGCUUGAAAAAUCUGAUUCGGAACAUGGGCACAGGCUCGAGUCCCGUGUUGGGCAGAAAAGACGUGACGAAAAAACGAGGAUCUGGCGCUACCAGAAGGUCGGGUCAUUUCCUGGAUCACUAAGACAAUUGGCAAAUGAAAAUUAGUAUAUUAGUAUCCAAUGAAAUUUGAGGAUAAAGUCGUUAUUAAGUCGUGUUUGCAACGUUUCAAUAAACAAAUUGCUUCUGAAA